UCGUGGUCCUAGGUUGCCGUGUUCGUGUUCCGUGUUUGUGUCAUUUUGUUCCAUGAUUUUUGUGUUGUGAUUUCAUUGGAGAUGGACAGUCAGGUAUCGAUUGAUGGAUUUUUUGUGGAUCUAAUUGAUGAUAGCUGGCGAUCUGACACUCUUCCAGAGGAUGACAUUACUGUACCUGUAUGGGAAUUGUCAGAUCCUGAAGCUGACUCGGGAGAUCUUCAUUUAACCUUAAAAGAGCAGGAGCAAAAGUGGACUGAUAUUAUGCUUACGACUUUGAGUGAACACCAAUAGAAUACAAAUUUUAUUUUUUCAUAAUGGAAUUACCCUCAUUAGACAAACAGUGUAGUGAAAAGGACUGUAAUCAGUUAGAUUUUCUUCCUUUAGAGUGUAAGUGCGGUAAGAUCUUUUGUUCACACCAUUUUCAUGCACAUGUAGAGUCCUGUGAAAAAUCCCGGUUUCUUUCUGAAGAUGAAUUAAAGAAAAUCGAGAAUGUCUCUGUCUGUUCUUACGGUGGCUGUAAAGAAAGGAUUAUCGUGCCUAUAUUGUGUGAAAGGUGUAAGAAGAGUUAUUGUGUAAAACAUCGUCAUUUACAGGAAUGUAAAGAAAAAGAUCCAGAGACCAUAGCAGCUGAAAAAGAAAAAUAUGCUGCUCCUAUGAGACAGUUUAAUGAGGCUAAAGCUUCCAUUGAUAAAGAGUUAGACAAUAAAAUAACGGAAGCUAAAAACAAAGGGAAAAACAAAAACAUGGCAAAUAAGGUGCAGUUAAUGAGACUGAAGAAUAAAGCUAUUGGUUUGAAAUCUAUACCCACAACGGACCGCAUUUAUUUUAAUGUAAUCCAUCCAGAACCAGAAAACGAAAAGACAACAGCUGUAUUUGUUUCAAAGCAAUGGACUCUCGGAAGAGCAAUAGAUGCUAUCGCUCAAGAAUUAAAACUUCAAAACAAUAACAAUAAAACUAACGAAAAAAAAUUGCGGCUGUUCAAAAAAGAUGGAAAUGAUAUUGUUUCAAGUAGUAUGUCAACUGGUUUAACUGCAUUGCUACAAAAUAAUGUUAUAAUCGACGGAGAAGAUCUAAUUAUUACGUAUGUUGAUAAUGAUUGCGUUAAAUUCAUGUAACUUUUAUAUUUAGUUAAAUAAUACUGUUUAAAUGUUUUCUUUUUCAAGGAUUUUGAAUUUGCCAUUAAAAUUAUUUAGACUUAUGAGUUUUAAUGAUAGGGUUUUCCAGAUUGAAUUUUUCUAAGUUGUAAAAUAAAUAGUUAAUCUGAA